CCAUUCUAAAUCUGAAAUAUUAUAUUUAUGUUAAUAUAAUGUGUAAUAAUAAUCUAAAAGUAGAAUUACAUUUUUAAGAUUAUAUGACUACAUCAAAGGGUAUAAUUCGUAGUUUUUUCAUAGGGUUCUAUUUAUGAACACUCCAUAAUGUAUUCAUUAGCAACAUCUUCUUAUAAUAUCUUCUGGGGAUAAAGCAAGAGAAGGUGAGUUAUAAGAGGACAUGUUCCCAAGAAAGUAAGAAAAUCCUAAUGGGAGCCAAGAAUAAGGAAUUGAACGUAUUUUACAUAAAAUAUUAAUUAUUCUAAAGAGGAGGUGUUGUGUCAAAGGCAGACUUUGACUUUUUAUCGAUCUUUCAGUCACUUGCAAACUCUGAUCAGUACAGCUGGCUUUAUCACACUGUUAAGUUAAAUGUUACAAAGAUGCCUUCAAGAUCUUCCAUUCCAUGCAGAUUGCCUCCUCUAAGCCCCUUUCUGUAUGAAUAUUCUGGAGGUGCCACUAAACUUAGACAGCAUCAGGAGACAAACCUGUAAAGUUUUUUCACUCUGUUAAAUAAUUCACUAAAUUUCCAUUUCCUUUAGUUUAUCAGAGACACCCCUGCCUGUCAGGAAGUACAGAUUAUACUCUAAACAACAGCUAUAAUUCUGUCACAUCAUCAGUUACCAGGGGAUGGUGUUCCUUAAAGCAUGCAGAGAAUCACAGCAUUUUUCAGUAUUGUUAUACCUGAAAGAUCACAGUGCCUUCAUUUCAGUUGCAGAGGUUAAAUAAUUUCGCCAGAUCUACAAGUACAUGAAGGACCAAAUUAAAGGUCUCCUAAAUUGCAAUCACUUUCUCUCUACCUGCUCAACUCCUAAACACACUCACACAUAUAUUUGUCAAAAUAUCUAUGUCUUCGAGUAAGAGAAAUGAAUGAUCUUUAGGCUCAAACAUGUGACACAUCAUUGACCAGCAGGGAGCUGGCUCUCAAGAGAAGCCCAAAUAAAAUGUGUCAGAUACAACUGGAUCAAACGUUUAAAGCACUAAAUUAAAACAAUCCUUUUAAUGGAGGAAAUUCUAAGUUUCAGAAGAGCACCUUCACACUGAAUCUCUGACCAGUAACUGAUGAUGUUUCUCGUCUGUGAUUCUGAUUGGUUCUCCAACACUGAGCUAACCCAAUCCAGGAGCAAAUACUGAAUUCCUUGCAUGGUGUCCCUGUAUUUCUCCGGAGGCUCCUGGAUGGCUGCUCUGACAGUGAUACUGAUGGUGCUGAGCCCUCCCCUUGCUUGGGCCAGGGAGACCCCAUCACUUUUCAUGAAUCAGUUUAAGGCCGAGUGUCGUUUCUCUAAUGGGACAGAGCGGGUGCGGUUCGUGGUGAGAUGCACGUAUAACCGGGAGGAGCUCGUGCGCUUCGACAGCGACGUGGGCGAGUUCCGGGCGGUGACCGAGCUGGGCCGGCCGGACGCCGAGUACUGGAACAGCCAGAAGGACCUCCUGGAGCGGCACCGGGCCGGGGUGGACACGUACUGCAGACACAACUACAGGGUUGGGGAGAGCUUCACGGUGCAGCGGCGAGUGGCGCCUACAGUGACUGUGUAUCCUGCAAAGACACAGCCCCUGCAGCACCACAACCUCCUGGUCUGCUCUGUGAAUGGUUUCUAUCCAGGCCACGUUGAAGUCAGGUGGUUCCGGAACGGCCAGGAAGAGGAGGCAGGGGUGGUCUCCACAGGCCUGAUCGCUAAUGGAGACUGGACCUUCCAGACCAUGGUGAUGCUUGAAACAGUCCCUCAGAGUGGAGAGGUCUACACCUGCCACGUGGAGCACCCCAGCCGGACCAGCCCUGUCACAGUGGAAUGGAGGGCACAGUCUGAAUCUGCUCAGAGCAAGAUGCUGAGUGGAAUCGGGGCCUUUGUUCUGGGUCUGCUCUUCCUUGGGGUGGGGCUGUUCAUCUACUUCAGGAAUCAGAAAGGACACUCUGGACUUCAGCCAACAGGACUCCUAAACUGAAGUGAAGAUAAUGACACUCAUAAGAGAAAGAACCUUCUGGCUUAGCUACUUUGCAGCAUGAAAGUGUUUCCUGUUGGGCUUUUAAUCCACAAAGAGAGUACUUUCUCAAGAUCUGGUUUGCUCCUGCAGAAAAUCUCCUCCCUGAUGGCUUCCUCAGCCCCUGCCCCUUGACCUGGAAAUCUGGAAUAUUGAAAGCAGUAUCCUAUCUUCAUUCUUUCCUGGUCCCUUUUAUAUUGAAGCCUUAUGGCCUCCCUUUCAUGUGAACACAUCUUUAACCCACAUUUCUUUACAAAGUUUUGCUCAAAUAAACGUGGAGUGAGAAGCA